AUGGCCAACCCCUUAACAGCAGUGGUAGCGACAAAGGACUGCCAAGCUGUGCAUAGUUUUCUAUUGCACACAGAAAAGUUGAUGGUAUCGCUACCAUUUCACACGAAUCCGGUAUUUAAUCUUUGUACCUCCGAGAAAGCGAAUGAGGAAUAUCGGAACGCAACCCUGUAUUACCGCAACAUGACAAAUGCGCCCGAGUGCCAGAUAUACUUCGGGCACAAUCGCAUGAACGUGUAUGAAACGAUUUACAACCAGCUAACCGGGCUUUGGAAUUCUGCCAACUGUGAUGCUUGCAUCAGUGCGGUCAAUGAAACGGCUGCCUUCAUGAACCUGUCGUCGACGCUGGACGCCUGUCUACAAAGCUCCAAAACGCCCUGCGAAAGCUGUGACACCGACUAUCAAAACGUGCAGCAGCUGUACGCACAGAUGGACAAGCGGAUGCACGGGCCGGAUCAGAUGUGUUUCGAUAUAGCGGAUCGCAUGAACCAAACGCGUCGGGCUUGGUCCGGGCAGUACAACUGCUGUAAUGAUAAGCGGCGCUCGAUGGUGAUCUUUGCCUCGGUUGCCUCUGUUGCCUGUGUGAUUCCGUUUGUGUUUUACGCGCUGAUGCACCUGAUAACGGUACAUCGGGAACGGCGCCGUAUCAGCCUGCUCAGCGCUACGAGCGUGCAGGAUGAGUCAGCCGUGGCGUCGUGCAGCUCGCGUACCAAUAACGGAGUGCUGCGACAUCCAGAUAUGGAACGGAUUAUGGAAGCGGACUGUAGCGAGGAAAACGAUGGUGAGGAGGAAGAGAAGGAAGAACACAUUCCGAAGUCCGACGUGAACAAUUUGGAUGUAAAACAAAGCAAUUUGAUUGAUAUUUCUGAGGUGGAUAAUUCAUUGUCAGUGGAUGCUGAGGGGGCCGGAUUUAAAAAUAACGGUAAUCUGCUAACCGACGACUCGGACGAUUCGAGUCUACUGCUGUAA